UGACUUCACACACACACACACACACACAGUCACAGUGUGUAUUGACGUGAUAAAGAGAAGCAGACACGAGCUGUUGUACACUGCAGUACUCUAUCUACUGUAAAGGAAGCUCUCUGCACUUAUUCUGAACAGAACAGUAAGAACUACUGAAAGCUCAGACAUUUCAGUAUGAAUGAGACCGAAGGACUGCGCUUCAGGAAGCUGAAUAGACCUCAGAUUUUAACAGACGAUUCGCGUGAACCUCAGAACAAAAGCACGAGCACAUACAGUGGGAAGGUUUUCCGUGUCACUCUGCUGUCUCUGGCUGUGUUCCUGAUUCUCCCAGUCCUGGUGGUCACUUUUCUCCUGGACUCCCCCAUUCAGCCAGAAGCAUUCAGUCUCAAUGAGCCACCGCUCAUGACUGGUUGCUUUGAACCCAACCUAAAGCUUAGACAAGCAGAAAGACUGUUUGAGGACCAGCUCAUUGGCCCUGAAUCCAUUGCUAAUAUUGGAGAUAUUCUGUACACUGGUACUGCAGAUGGAAGGAUUGUGAAAAUUGAUGGGAGGAAAAUCAAUGUUGUGGCAACUCUGGGCAAGCCUCCAUGUGGGUCUCCUGAGCAGGAGCAUGUUUGUGGACGGCCGCUUGGAAUCAGAGUGGGUCCGAAUGGCACCUUGUUUGUGGCUGAUGCCUACCUGGGUCUAUUUGAGGUUAAUCCUGUCACAGGUGAGACAACACUUCUAGUGAGCACCAAGAUGAUGGUCGGGGGUCGACGUCUCUCAUUUGUCAAUGACCUGGAUGUGACACAGGAUGGGAAGAAGGUGUAUUUCACUGACUCCAGCAGCAGGUGGCAGCGUAGGGACUUCAUGAAACUCAUCAUGGAGGCCACAGCAGAUGGCAGGGUUCUGGAGUAUGAUACUGAGACUAAAGAGGUUGCUGUUAUGAUGGAGAACUUGCGCUUCCCUAAUGGUAUUCAACUCCUUCCAGAUGAAGAGUCUGUUCUUGUUGCUGAAACUACGAUGGCAAGAAUAAGGAGAAUUCACGUGGCUGGUCUCAAUAAGGGAGGCAUGGACACUUUUAUAGAAAACUUGCCUGGCUUCCCUGAUAACAUCCGCCGCAGCUCCUCUGGUGGUUACUGGGUGGCCAUGUCUGCCAUCCGGCCAAACCCUGGCUUCUCCAUGCUCGACUUCUUGUCACAAAGACCCUGGAUUAAAAAUGUCAUAUUUAAGCUCUUCAGCCAAGAAACACUAAUGAAGUUUGUGCCACGCUACAGUCUGGUGGUGGAGCUGCAGGAUGGAGGAACGUGUGUGCGGAGUUUCCAUGACCCUCAUGGCACUGUGGCGGCCUACAUCAGUGAAGCCCAUGAGCAUAAUGGUCACCUUUACCUGGGAUCUUUCCGCUCUCCUUACCUGUGUAAACUUGACUUGAGCAAAGUGUAAAACAGUCCUACAGUAACAUAGGACUAUAUGUCACAGGUAUUUCCUGGGGCUUCUUUAUCAGUUGUGUUACAUAUCCUCAAGAGUCAGUAAACCCUUUUUGUGCCCUCUCCCAUAAUCCUCUGCUGAAUUGAGGAUCCUGAGUCCUUCACACCCAUUCCUGCAUUUAAUACAGAUGCUGUCAUUCAGCUUUGACUCAUGUUUAGGUUUUUGUUCUGCUGAGCCAUGUGACUAUUUUAAUUCUCCCUUUUUAUGUUGAAUGAUGUGUAUAUAUGUAUAUAAGCAUGCCUGCAGAUGUCAGCUUGCUUUAUUUAAAAGAGGUGCCAUUUCUAUAUUUGUUUUGCUCCUAUGACAGGAGGUGCACAGUGUUUGCACUGUGAUCUUUUAUUUUACAUUGGACUGUCAUCUGACCCUUAAAAUAGAGCUGCUGAUUUACUUGAAAACUUUGCCACAGAAGUAUCAGUGCAGAUGAUGACUUGUGAAAUUCAUAACUUCUAGUUGCAGGACUGAAAUGUAACUGUGGAAUGAAGAAACAGUAUUUUACAAAUCCAUUGCUUUACCUUACAAAAUUGACAUUAGAUAUGUUUGAGCAUCUCUGAGCUUCAGUUUGCAAAGCUUUCCGUUUGAGCUUCCGAUCAUUUCAGCUCUGAAUAAGGAACUAGCAAUUAGCAAUAAUUUCCUGUUGAAUGCUUAUGCCAAUUAGUGAAUUGUUUUAACUGUCUGUGGUAGCAUUCAUAGCAGCUACUACAUAGCGUGUACAACAUACAUACAUACAUACAUACAUACAUACAUAAAUAAAUAAAUGUACCUGUUGUACAAACACGUCCAUAUCUUCCGCUGAACAGUAUUGUGGUGCUAAAGCUAGAGACUACACAAGAUCUGGCUUAAUAUGAAAGAUGGAUGCAGUGCAUUUCAAAAACAGCUGCAUGACUGAAUCUUAAAGCAACCUCUUUCAGUCCCUCCAGGACUUUUGCAAUGGCAGAAAUUAACGCAAAAUCAAGCAAACUCUGCAAUAUUCAGGGGAGCUUGUCAUUUCUCAAAAUUACAGCAGAUUUUCCACAGAUUUGGGCCAAGACACCACGUGAUACCAUCACAACACACAUUCAGCAAAAAGCAGUCUUCAAUUCACGUGUCGAACAUGAAUACAGCUAAAAUUUCUCAUUUCAUCACUGUGAAAGUCCAUGCAAAACAAUUUCGUGCCAUUGCAAUUUAGCCAAUUCAAGAAGUUUUCUUCAAAAAACAUCACAAUCAAGCAUCUUUGGCCUCAACAAUCACAAAAAAAAACUGUACGGACUGAUCUUUAUUACCCAACAUAGUAGUACCCAACAUAGCUCUAGCAUAAGCUUUUCUCUUACAGAAGAUUACAACCAGACUAUAUAUUCCAGCUAUAUGAUCAGGACAGACAAUAACUAGGCAUUAUGCAUGAUCAUUGAAGGUACGUUUCAAUUAUACAUACCAAUUGAGUAUUUUAUUCUUAGCCAAUUAACUCAAAUUCAAAGCACAUUCAGAUGCAUAGUUAUUAGUAAUACUUGUUUGAAGGAAGGCAAAGGAAAUAUGUGGUCUUCAUCGUCUUCUGCCAUGGUAUGGCCCACACUUCAAAGUUACAGCGAAAAGUCUGAAAUAUAUAAACACAAAACGUUUGUCCUAAUAUGUUUAGAAAUAGCAGCAUUUGAUACUAAUGAUAAAAGAUUGAAUAUUGAAUAAAACUUAAUGAAAUGAACUGCAGUGAACUUUAUCUAAAGACUAUCCAAAGACUAUCUAGGCAUCAAGUUGUGUAUGCCAUAAUUAUUAGAACUGUAUUUAAUAUUUUCACACUCUUCCCUCUUGAUUUCCAACACAUUUUUAAGCAGAAAACACGUUUCACCUGUUGCAAUGCAUCAUCUUUUGGCUGGAAGUCACAUUUAGCAAGGUCAGCAUUAGCCUCUCUCUUCUUACACAUAGUCCGAGAUAUCUCAAUUUUGAGAAUGUACUUUAUACCUUUGACAAUCUGUGAUAAAGAAAACAAAUAGGGUAGUAUGGGCAGUGUGAUGUUACUUUUAGUAUAUUUCACACCUGAAGACUUAUACAAGAGGUAGAUUGGAGGUCUUACUUGUCUUUGUGCCUUAUCAAUGGCUGAAGCCUUAAAAAAGAAGGCAUCAUUGGACUUAUUGUUGAAGGAGUAGGUUGCAGUAAGGACAGCCAUUUGAACUUCUGUAUCAUUCUUACUGACAUUUUGUGGUUUGCCUGGAGCUGG